GCGUCGCAGCAGGCACGGGAGCACGCUGCACGCCGCGACGAGCACUUCCUACGCUGCUGAGCAGCCUUGCCAUGCGUGUGUGGCGACAUCAACCGUGGCCACGCUAGUAUUUGUUUCUCUGCCAGGGCGCUGAAGGAUGCUUGGCGGCGCUUUCCGCAUUCGACCCGUGCUGGAAAUCACAUGAUCCCGUUCCGACUUUUUGGCAGCCGCGACCGCGCAUCAACAGACCACCCAGCCCAUGAUGAUAAUACGAAGCGUAGCCCGCGCGGGCCAUCGCGCUUUCCUCCAGAGUCCGUCGCAGCCCUGGCGAAGAUUUCUGGCCACGCAGACCGACACCAUCGAGCGGACCGCCGACAACAGCUUCAAGCAGUUCCAUUCGCUCGAAGCCCAGUACGAUGCUUCUGCACCGCCCCAAGAGGUCGUCCCGUCCUUCGACCCUCCGGCCGCGUCAGACCCAGCGUCCGCGCAGGUCACAGGCUCUGUCGCAGAGCAGUACCUCCGCUUCAAGCAGUCGCAGGCCCAGAUAGGUAAAAUUGGUUCAGAGAUCACGCCGCACUACCAGCCGCACACGCUGCUUAGCAAUCCCCCUUCGCCCGCCGACGUUACCCUCGAGCUCCUCCUUGCAUCUGAAGCCCACCAGGGCCACGCCACGUCACUCUGGAAUCCUGCGAACGCACGCUACAUACACGGCAUCAGACAGGGCGUGCACAUCAUCUCACUCGAAGCCACUGCCGCCCACCUUCGCCGUGCCGCAAAGGUCGUUCAGGAGGUAUCCAGGAGAGGAGGUCUCGUCCUCUUCGUCGGGACGCGCGAUGGCCAGGACCGCGCCGUGGCGAGAGCUUCUGAACUGGCAAAGGGCUACCAUCUGUUCGAGCGCUGGAUCCCUGGCAGCAUCACCAACGGACAACAGAUCCUGAGCAAGUGCCGCACCAAGGUGGUUAACGCGAAGGACGAGGAGAUACCUGGAUUCGAAGAGCAGCUCGCGGAUAGGCCCGUCCUGCGACCUGAUCUCGUCGUUUGCAUGAACCCGCUUGAGAACUACGUUCUACUGCAUGAGUGCGCGCUUAACAACAUCCCAACCAUCGGUGUCAUAGACACUAAUGCGGAUCCCACAUGGGUUACCUAUCCUAUUCCCGCCAACGACGACAGUCUUCGCUGCAUCCAAGUCAUUGCCGGCGUGCUUGGCCGCGCUGGCGAAGCCGGCCAGAAGCAACGUCUCGAGCUCGCCGAAAAUGGCAGAGUCACAUACCGCCCCGCCGAGAACCUCGUGCUCCCAGAAGCCAUGCAAGAGAAGACCGUUGCUGCGGCUGAGCCAGGCGCCGAACUUGACCUCAACGAGAGCCUCGAAGACGCCGAUGAGCUCGCGGACAAGCUCGACAUGGCCAAGAACCGCGAGAUCAGCGACCAUGCGGCCCGCGGCAUCAAGAAGAUCGACUAGACUAAGCCAACCGGGAACGGCCUUGUACCAAUCGUUUGUGUAUACUAAGCACCCGAGCUGUGCAGAUCUGUUGGGGCGCGUAUAGUGUUGGAUAUAACUACAUGUAACAUAGGCACCUGCACGUCUGCAUGUAAGAGCAUUAGCGGCGUUAGAAUUAUGUACACCAAUCAACCACUGAGAGAGAAACAAAAUGGGAA